CUUCCAUUUUGUGUUUGUGGUCUUUUUUCUUAAUAUUUAUACGGAAAAACGACGUCGUCAUGGACAAGACACAAGAGAUAAUAUGCCGAUUUCUUAUAACGGAGUACUUGAUUCACAAUUGUUACAAAGAGACGGCGCACACAUUUCUUGAGCAAUCGCGAAAACUGGAUGCUUGCCACGAUUUACCAACUCAACUGCUGGACAGGAAUGGCAACGUCUGCGGAGCAUCAAAUGGCCACCGCCAAGAUCCAAUAACAAGAAGCGAUAGAGCCUCUUCGAGUUACGAACACUGUAUUGAAUGGCCUCUUAUCGAUGCACGGAAAGCUUUGUACCAUGCCAUUGUCGAUGGGGAUAUCGCUCAAGCCUUUGACAUCAUUGAUAAACAUUUCCCUGCCCUUUUGGAACAGCCUAUUGACGAUCGAUCAGCCACAUCAACAUCAUCAUCCCCGCCACAAUACCAAUACAUCGUGUUCCGACUGCGGUGUCAACAGUUUGUGGAAAUUAUACGAUCUUCCAACGUAGUGGAAGCGAUCAAAUUCGCACACACGCAUCUUCGAUCUAUGCAUAAGAUGUUUCAAGAUAUGACCAAUGAAGUCACGUCGCUCAUCGCCUAUCCUGAUCCACACAAUUCCCAUACCCGCCACUUAUUACAGGAGGAACGUCGAGUCGAACUGGCAGAAGAUGUAAAUAGAAUAGUGCUAGAAUUGUCCAAUUUACCCGUCGUCACCUCCCUUCAAAAGAUCAACCAACAACUCGCCACUGUGCAAUCCGAACUGGAACAAUUGAAAAAGACCGAAAAUCAAGGCAGUGAUAAAUCCAUACAAGAUAGAGUCUCCAUGUAACAUAGAAAUAAGGUCGCAGUUUCCUCGAUUGAUUCUUUGAUGAUUGUUUUUCUUUUUUUU